GAUGAUCCCGUCGGCUUAAGUCCGCCUUUUUCCUCUACCUUUCGCCUCUCUCCUCUGAUCAUCGGGCGCUCAUGGAGUUCCGCUCGAUGUUACUGGGGGACAUGGAGGCUGUGCCCGGAUAUUGGAUUCGAUGGCAGACGGCCAUCUGCGCUCUCGUCAUCGUCGUCCCUGCCCUCGCGGCAGCGGUUGUGGCCGCCAGGGCGAGGGCGGAACCGCUCAGGGCGUUCGAUCUCUGGGCUCCGUGCUGGGCCGGGAUGCACCCAGCCUGGCUUCUGGCCAACCGCGGCCUCGUAUCUCUCGUCAUGCUGGGGCUGCUCUCGCGAAUGGUCCUCGAUCGCGGUCUCGUCGAGUUUUACUUCUAUACUCAAUGGACUUUUGCACUGGUCACUGUCUAUUUCAUGAUUGGUACCAUCCUGUCUGCUCAUGGUUGUUGGAUUUAUUCAAAGACACCACCUAUUCUGCAUGAUGAGGAGGCCAAUAGAGUCAAAGACACAGUUGAGCAGAAUAAUCCUGUGACUAUACCUUUCACAACCAAGAAAAACAUGAAUGUAGUAAGAUUACACCGAUAUUGUGACCUUCAAGCUGAGGGUAAAAGAGCAGGAUUCUUGGGAUACACUAUGCAACUUGUCUAUCAGACCAGUGCAGGUGCAGCAUUAUUGACAGACUUAGUAUUUUGGACUGUCCUAGCACCAUAUUCAUCCUCUAAACAUUUUCGUAUUAAUGCUAUAAUGAGCUGCAUACAUUCUCUUAAUGCUGUGUUCCUUCUAAUCGACACUUUCCUCAAUAACCUGCCAUUCCCAUUGUUCCGAAUGGCGUAUUUUGUGUUUUGGAGUUGCAGUUAUGUGGCAUUCCAGUGGAUUCUUCAUGCCUGCGGUUUGUCUUGGUGGCCGUAUCCUUUCUUGGAUCUUGAUACUCCUUGGUCGCCUGUUUGGUACUUGUCCAUGGCCUUAAUUCACGUCCCCUGUUAUGGACUGUAUUGGCUGAUUGUACGAGGGAAGAACUCACUUUGUCCAAAAUAUUUCCCAAAUAGCUUUAUAAAGGUAUGCUAAUUGCUUCCUAAAUUCUGAAUUAAUGUCCCAUUGUUAAAACAGUUGGGGUUCAUCAUUCAUGAUGAACACAAGCAUCAAGCUAAUGUAAUGGCAGAUUCAUCGCACUAAGUUGACUACACCUUGAUGAUCUCUCUCUGUUCCUAGCAUGUCAUUGAUCUUAAAUAUUAUUUGGUGGUCAUGAGUUCCAGUUUAAAAAAAAAAAAAAACUGCGUAUAA